UGCACACGCAUGAUCCAGUCGCCUCGUGGCGCGUGCGACACGCACAUUGCAACGGUGAAAAGCGGGCGAAUCGCUCAAUUUCGGCUUCGGUCCGAGCACGGACGGUCUGAACUAAGCUUUACUUUCACACCGCGAAAAAGAUAUUUCGCUGCAACUAAAAUGUGAUAGACAUAUUGCGUAAUAUUUCAAGACAAUGACGUAGAGUUUAACGCACGAGCAUUGGCGUUCAAUUUGAAAAGCGUUUUUUCUAUUCAAUAAUGCCUUCCACUUGCCCGAGUGAAUAAUUCUACACGUUCCCGAUUUCGGUUUCAAAUUCGAUCCCAUUUUUCACAAUCACAUUGAAUUUCAAAUAUGGGUUUAAAAGCGUUGAUGUUUGUAUUUUUAUGACUAUUUCCUGGUGGGUGCCGGAGGAGGUGCUUUGUGUGUUCUGUUGUCGCUAAGAGGCCAGAGGAUUACUAUGGGUAACCUGAGCAUCUUCACGGCAAGACUAGCCUCGUUGCUGGUGCUGCACGCCGCCGGCGCCGGCCUGGCGUCGCCCACGGUGCUGGUCUCCCGCCCGCCGGCCAGGGUGCAGCUGGACUGGCUGCCGACCGACAACCAGACCGUGUACAAGCUGAGGGAGGGAGAGACCAGGAGCUUGGAGCUGAAUAUCACGUCGAUCCCUGAAACUCCGGUGUUCAUCAACAUAAGCCCGUGCUCGAGGGACUUCCACUGGGCCUUGUAUCACGGCAAGACUCAUAGUCAAGGCUCCCUGACUCUACUAAAAGAACAUAAUGGCGUUGAGAUGAAGACGUUUUCUAUAUUUAUAGCACCCCAAGACAGAUAUAUUUUACAGUUGUCUACAAUAAGAGGCGGGGCGUGCGCAGUCAGCGUGCGAGGGGAGUCCACCAGGCUUGUGCGACUGCGCCUACGGACCAGGUCUCGAAGAAGGCUCGUGGCUAACUGGGAUCCGAGCCCUAUAGAUCCGCAAGCCACCACUUACUGCGUCGUAGCAUCCCAUUUGAAAAACUACACGUCUCUAUGCGCAGCGCAAUGCGACUCGAAAGCGAACCGAUUAGAAAACAAAUCAUUCGAACAGUACGACCGGGACUCGAUUGAGAAUCGAGAAGAUUCCCGUCAAAUCGAUUGCGCGAGUGCUCAAAUCGACAACAAAGUGGAGGUGGAUCCUUUCGGGAUUUUUGAGGGCAACUUCAAAAGCGUUUACAGGACAGGAAAAAAGUUCGGACGAAGCACAAAAGUAAGCGAUGAAGACCCAGUGAUAGCGUGUGUUGGUGAUAGAACUCAUCAUCUUUUCGAAAACUUGGAUCCUAGCAAGAUGUACUAUGUCAGCGUUUUUGGUCUAGCCACUGAUCGUCAAGCGGGGUCUCUACUAGCGACCAGUAGCGUGCGCCCGCGCACUUCCACAGCGAAAAGGCUGCGCGAAAACCAGCCCUAUAGAGCUGACAUUAGGAGCAAAGUCGUGUAUUACUUCAAGGCGACAGUGGGAAUGGGAGGAGGUCUCUGGCUAACUGUCACUACCUGCGGAGGAGCUGUGGACAUCGAGGUGACAGUGAGAGGCAAACGCCUCUACAUGGCGAAGAACAUUGAUUCCCAUUCAAAAUUCUUCGUGCCGACCCCAAUACCGAACUCCUCGAUUCAGGAGACUAGUGACGAGGGCUCCGUGCAGUUUGACUCCAGCUCGGAAGAAGCCAGGAUGCGGUACGUGAUCAAGGUCGCGCCCAGUAGGUGGGAUCGAGACGGCACUGUCAAUGUGGAGAUAGCAGCAUCCACAUCGAGAUGGGGUGUCAACACGCCAGAGCUGUCAGAAGAUGGUGCCAUAGUCCGCGAGCUGAGACCGAAGAGGUCCUGCAGAUCUAUCGACAUUGCCUUCUUGCCAGCGACGCAUAACGCCACCGAUGUUAUUAGAUAUUGCAUCAUGGUCCGUGAGAGCCCGAAUGGAGACUUUAAUGCUUGCUCUUUUACGAGAAAGUUUGCAGCUAGAAACCAGUGCUUCAACAACAUACAAAGACCACCAACCAGGGUGAUAGUCCAGAAGAUUGGCGGUCUAAAACCAGGGAGGAAGUACGCGUUGCAAGUCACCGCCUCAACUAAAGGCAGCUCUGUGCCUUACAAAAUGCUUUACGUCGACACAAAUAUAUCUUGCAAGGACGACGUGUAGACCCAGUAUUAGUAGAAUUAGAAAAUUUUGUUUGUAACUAAAUAGGAAGUCUUAUUUGGAAUUGACUUUUAGCGGGCGUGAUCCUAGAGCGGUCUUGAGUUGAAGAUAGGCAAUGAGGUAUAUCGGUUUUAUACUUACAACCCGACCAAGUUAACUGCGCACCUGGCUGCCGUGUGACGUCAUUUCGACGCUCUAGUAUAGACGGGGCGAAGUGCGAACGCGGGGAAGUGUGCGAGUGAGUGCGAGAGAGAGAGUCGCAUUCCGACCAGUGUGCCUACCAUGAGUUUACGUCUGGUGUGCUCGCUA